CCUCACUUUGCCUCUAUUUUCCAUUUUUGCUUAUUUCAGAAUUUCAAUCGAAAUCGACUCACCAAAAAAUUCUCUCUCCUCCUCCUUCAUCCCUUCUCACAGACUUCCUCUCCUCGAUUUCACCGGAGUUUAGCCGUCUUCGCCGCUGCAAUUGGAAGCUUAAAGUUUGAGUUGAUUAGCUGAUGUCCGUUCGAUUACGGGAGUUUUGAAUUUAACGGGUUGGAUUUCGUCGCCGGAUGGAGGGAGGGUUAAUGUUCCACACCCAGAUCUAUACUUCAGGAUUCAGGAAUACUAUAAUUGAUUUUGUGGGAUAGAUUCUGAAAUUUUGUUGGUUUAAGGGUCAAUGGUCCUUGUGUAUUCUAGCUGAUGAAGUGCACCAUAUUUGAUAACUCUUUGAGGUGUAUCCUUGGUUAAACCAGUAAGGGUAACAUUCAUAUUGUCUUGUUAUGUUGUCCGCCUGUGGGCUUACAUGACUUUGCCGACCUUUAAUAUUCUGCAUCAGAGUUACCUGGUUCGUGGUUCGCUUUGGUACGGGGUACGAGUUCGGGUUCGCGGUUCGCGGGUAGCUGAUUUUAGGUUCGCGGGUAGCGGUAUGGAUUAUUUUAUUUUUUUUAAAAUUCAAAUUAACAAAUAAAAAGCAACCACCAUCUUCCUUCUUCGGCAGUUCGGCUUUCCAGUUCUUCACCUCGACCUCAUCCAUGGCUAUUAUUUUCAGCAAGACGAAAGAACAACAAUUGACGGUAGGAAUCAACACAUAUGUACUUCUCAAACAAAAGCCCCAACAUAUUUUAUCUUCUAUCGCUUUCCCGGACUUUCAAUCGUUAAAACUAGGGUUUUGGUUUGGUUCGUGAAAAAUCGCGAAUUGGAUCGCCGGAGAACCACGAAUUGGUACAGGCGAACCGGUUCGCGGUUCGCGGGGGUUAGGGGCGAACCAGGGAUAUGCCAAUGGAUUAUGAUGACAACGAUACUACGCGCCAUAAUAUCCAGUUAGCUGGUGAAGGUAGAUCUAGAUCUUCCUCCGCUUUAAGACCAUAUGAUUUUCCAAAGUUUGAUUUUGAUGACACCCUCCAAGGGCAUUUGAGAUUUGACAGUCUAGUUGAAACUGAGGUAUUUUUGGGUAUCCAAAGUCAAGAAGAUAACCAGUGGAUAGAAGAUUUCUCCCGAGUCAGUAAUGGAAUGGAGUUCAAUUCAACUCCAGCUGAUUCAUGCUCUAUAUCUAGACGAAAUAAUGUUUGGUCUGAGGCAACAUCUUCAGAAUCUGUUGAAAUGCUUUUAAAAUCUGUCGGCCAGGAAGAGAUGAUGCCUGGAGACUCCAUUAUAACAGAGUCGAAUGCCACUCAUGAUCAAGGUAUUCCAAAUAAAAAUGUGGAGUCAAGUAUUAAACUAAUAGAGAGGACUGAUGCAUAUGUUGUAAACUCUGAUGCUGCAUUACCGCCUGAUGAACUUCUUGAAGAUUGUCCUGCUUCAGGAAGGCAUAUAGAAAAGCAGUUGGAGGACCCUUCAGCCUUUCAUGCAAAGGUUGAAUCUGCAUCUGGAAUUUCUAGUAAUGUCAAUCAAAAUGCCUUGUGUGGAAAUGGUGGGACAUUGACAUAUGAAAGCAACCAUUCUGAUCACGAAGAACGUUCUGGUGAAAAAUUAGAAGAAUCCCAAACAUCUGUUGGACAGACUGUGAAUUUUGGAUCUGGAGUAGAUUCUUUGGGUUUUUCGAGUACAACUGAUAAUGUUACAUCCAACAUUGGGACUCUGAGCACCUCAAAAACCUCUCAACAAGUUAUGUUCAAUGCUUUUCAUGAAAGCUGUAGUAAUGAUAUACCAAAAAGUCAGGUGUCCAUUAUAGCUGAAUUAGAUGAUACAACAAUUUUGGAAGGAAAGGCAAAUGCCAGUAGUAUUAAUAUUUUUACUGGGAGCAGCUCUCAUGGUUUUGUUCCAGAAUCUGGAAGGGACUGUCAGGAAGCAAGCCUUGAUUUUGUCCAAGAGUCUACAAAUAUUUUAGUUAAAGGAGAAUCUGAGCUGAAAUCAUCUGAAGGAGUAGAUAAGAACACAUCAUUAAUCACUUCAAUUCAGACCUCAAGACAUGAAAAAGUGGAAACUGCACUAGAUGAUACUGCAAUUUUGGAAGGAAAGGCAUGUGUCAGUAGUAUUAAUAUUAUUACUGGGAGCAGCUCUCGUGGUUCAGUUCCAGAAUCUGGAAGGGACGGUCGGGAAGCAAUCCUUGAUUUUGUCCGAGAGUCUGCAAAUGUUUUAGUUAAAGGAGAAUCUGAGCUGAAAUCAUCUGAAGGAGUAGAUAAGAACACAUCAUUCACCACUUCAAUUCAGACUUCAAAACAUGAAAAAGUUGUUGGCAUGAGUAAUGAGGUGAUUGAGCCAUUUGACGAUUGUCCGGGUAGGCCAUCGGUGGAUUUUGCUAGUACUGAGCAAGAUAUGGAUCUUACUAUGCAGUUGCCUCACAAACAGGACAUUGAGGUCAAUGACAAUAUGGAAGAUGUAUCAGCAAUUCGGUUGAAUCAUGAGAGUAUGUCUGAAAUGCCUUCUCUUUCUAUAGAAGACAAUGGGGUUCCAAGGGGAAGUGCUGAUUGUAUUCGUGAUACUGAGGUUGGCAAUUCAUCUAACAUUUCAGUGCAAUUAUCUGCUUCUGAUCACCAACAUAAUAGAGAAGUUGAAGGAUACCAUAAUGAAUGUAUAGUCGUUGGAGAGGAACCUGGUGUUGCUCCUGAUAAGGAUGUUCCCAUUCAAGUGAUUCAGGAAAAUUUGGUUCAUGCACAAGCUGAUUUUUCUGAAAUUGAUAUUUGUAAACCUAAAGAGGUGGAUAGUGAAGUGUCUACAGACCUUGGGAAUAUUGAUUCUGAGAAUGUCAGAACACUGAAAAAUGACCAGAGAACUCAAUCUGCAGAAGUUUCAGAAGGGGAUCAAGGUAACAAUCUCAUUCAUAAAUUGCAGCCUCAAACGUCUGGCGAACCGGAAUCAGCAAUUAAUGUUUCUCCUUUCGCGACGACCAAUGCUUCAGCUGCAUUAGAUGAUUGCCCUGUGAUUGGACAACGGGAGCCUGCUGCAGUUGGAUUAUUCCAUUCACAUAAUGAUGAUGAAGAGGCUGGAAGGAAGACAUCUAAUGAUACAAAUUUAGGAGCUGAAGUUGAUGGUGCUUCUAAGGUUGAAGAUAGUGUGGCUGAUGAUAUUGUGGGGAUCCCAGUUUCUGAAAUGGCUGCAAAGUCUGAGCAACCUGUGGAUAAAAUUGAUGAUAUUUGCAGCAUUGGACCUUCAUCAGUGCAAGCUAUGAAUUCUUUGUACUCGGAUCAUCCCCAGGCUCACUCUGAUGGGAACAAGAAGCCAAGCUUGAAGGAGAGUGCUGAUGCUGAUUUGAUCAACGUUGAGAAUCAUGAGAAAGCAAUGAAUAAGGACGAAGAAAAGGAGUCUGCACAAAUUGCAGAGAUUGAUAAGACUUCCUGUGGUUCUCCAACCAUCAUCAGUUCAAGUGAGCCUUCUCAGUCAGAAAAGGAUAACCAAGAGGAAGAUAGAGGUUAUAUCACUAAUGAGGUUGUCAAAGAUAUUCAAUCCACUUCUGAGGACUCGAAAAGAAAAGAUCUGUUGGGAGAUGAUAGCAGUUUCACAUUUAAAGUAAACGCAUUGCCGGAUACGACUGAGAGAGAACCUGCAAAGAAUUGGUCUCCGUUUCCUGAUGUUGAGAAAUGCAAGGUUGUGGUGGAGACUACACCGUCUGGCAAAGGCAAGACCGGAAGAACGCCAUUAAAGAAAACUCCCCGCCAAAAUACUCAAGUGUCUGAGGGUGAAACUGGACCUGGAAGUUCUAAAGGAACGUCUGAACGUAAAGGACGGCGAAAAGGAACUGCCAAAGAGAAUGCUAAAAAUGGAAAUCAAUCUAAGGGUCCAACUCAGGAGAAUGCAUCCAUGAUAAUGGAUAAAGUUUCCAAUAUGUUGAGCACACCGAUUAGCAAUCCGAUUGUUCAGUAUGGGCAGAUGCAGGCCUAUGGGCAUACUGAAGCAAAUAACAAAAAACCUUCUGGGGCAGUUGCUGUUCCUACGCCAAGUUUACCGGAUUUAAAUGCUUCAGCUUUGAACAAUAGUACCCCUUCAUCGACCUCGUAUCGACAACCUUUUACAGACCUGCAGCAAGUUCAGCUGCGCGCACAGAUAUUUGUUUAUGGAUCUCUGAUUCAAGGAACUGCUCCUGAUGAGGCCUGUAUGGUUUCCGCCUUUGGGCCAUCUGAUGGAGGACGUAGCACUUGGGAACCAAUUUGGCGAGUUGCUGUUGAAAGGGUUCGAAAUCAAAAGUCUAGUCCUAGUGCAGCCGAAACACCUUCCCGUUCACAAUCAGGUGCUAGGGCCUCAGAUGUUGGUAAACAAGGCUCACAAUCAAGUAAAGUUCCAGCUACACCUGUGAGUAAAGCCAGCAGCAAGGACACCCCUGCAGCGGUUUUAAGUCCAAUGAUUCCUCUGUCAUCACCUCUUUGGAACAUAUCGACACCAACUCGUGAUAAUUUGCUGUCAAAUGCUAUGCAUAAAGGCCCUGUUACGGAUUUCCCGCAAGCAGUUACCCCUGUGCUUUCUUAUCAGACACCGCCAAUGAGGAAUUAUGUUGGUCAUACAUCUUGGCCAUCUCAGUCAUGCUUCCCUGCCCCCUGGCUAGUUUCUCCACAAACUGCUGCCUUCAGUUCAACUGUUCGAUUUCAGCCAGUGACAAUGACUGAAACAGUGAAAUUGACUCCCGCUAAAGAUACUUCAGUGGUGUCAACUUCUAGUGUGAAGCAUACUACUUCUAGUCCUGCUGUUCACAAUAUGAGUCCCAGACCGGUAUUGGGAGCGUCGCCACUUCAUGACCCAAACAAAUUAGGCUCAGCUGAGCAGCAUUCUGUUGAUUUAAAGCCUAGGAAGAGAAAAAAGGUUCCUGCUUCUGAUCCUAGCCAGGUUUUCACAGUCUCUGAGGCACAAACAGAAGCUCUAGUGAUUUCGGAUGUGGCUGCUGUUCCGUCAUCACCUUUAGGGGAUUCAGGUCCUGCUUGUCGGGCUUCAGAUGCUUAUCUGAGCACAUCUGCUCUUGAUACUUCAAGAACUUAUUCCAUUAAUCAAAGAAAAAAGGUUGACGAAGACACAGGCAAAGCUGUCGCUUGUUCAGAAGAGACGUUGAGUAAGGUUGCAGAAGCUAAAAGUGAGGCAGAGGAUGCUGCAAAUCUUGCUUCUGCUGCUGUUAGUCUCUGUGAAGAUCUAUGGAGCCAGUUGCCUAAGAAAAAAGACUCUGGAUUGACCUCAGAAGCUGAAGCUAAAUUAGCCUCCGCAGCAGUUGCAAUUGCAGCUGCUGCGUCAGUUGCCAAAGCAGCGGCAGCAGCAGCGAAGAUUGCUUGCAACGCUGCACUGCAGGCAAAGUUAAUGGCCAACGAGGUCUUCCUUUCCAAUAAAAAUUAUGGUAUGGAUCCAUCUAGGGAGAAAUCUUCUAGUGAUGUGCAAGAAAUUGGAAAUGCUACUCCGGCAUCCCUUUUAAAGAGUAAUAAUGUUUCUUCUCCAUCAAGUUCAAUACUUUUAGCUGCUAAAGAAGCUGCUAAGAGGAGGGUUGAAGCUGCUUCAGCCGCAUCAAGACAAGCUGAAAACUUGGAUGCAAUAGUGAAAGCUGCAGAGCUUGCGGCAGCUGCUGUAACUCAAGCUGGGAAAAUCGUUGCGAUGGGCGAGCCUCUGCCUUUGAAUGAAUUAAUUGAAGCUGGUCCAGAAGGAUACUGGAAAUCAUGUCAACCUUCUACGAUGUUGGCUGAAAAAGGGAGGGAUGGUGCCCUUAGUUUAGAAAACGGCACUGAAAUGUCUACCAGUAUUCUCGCAGAAGCUUCUGUAGGGAUGGGAAGAUCUAAGAUUGUAGGUGUAGAUGAUGUACAUUCAACAGAGGGGCCAAAUGGCUCAUUGUAUGUUGGCGUCAUGGAAUCAGAACAUAUGGAUGAAAAGGAUUUUAAAGCUAGGAUAGACCAUAAUAUUUCCGACACAUUAAAAUCUUGCAAAGUGGCUUCUGAACCCGAUGCUCCCCAAAGUACUACUAAUGUUAAGAAUGAGCGUAAUAAAUUGGGCACACAUGCCGAGGAAGGCUUCAAGGAGGGUUCUUCUGUUGAGGUUUUCAAGCCUGGAAACGGCCUGAAGUCUGCUUGGUACUCCGCAAAUAUCUUGAGUGUCGAAGAUGGAAAAGCUUAUGUAUGUUACAACGAACUUUUAUCUGAGGAAGGCUCUGGAAAUCUCCAGGAAUGGGUACCCUUUGAAGGCAAAGGGGAUAAAGCGCCUAUUAUACGUGCUGCCCAGCCUUCGACUGCUUUGCAACAACAACAAACAAGAAAGAGACGCAGGGCUGCUAUUGGAGAUUAUGCUUGGUGUGUUGGAGAUAGGGUUGAUGUGUGGAUUGAUGACUGCUGGUGGGAAGGUGUAGUGACUGAUAAAAACGAAAAGGACGAAACUACAUUAAAAGUCCAUAUUCCAGCCCAAGGGGAGACCCCAACAGUUAGGGCGUGGAAUUUGCGGGCAUCGCUCUCAUGGAUUGACGGUAAAUGGGUUGAAUGGUCCUCUUCAAGAGGACAAAACGCUUCUGAACAGGGUGAUGUGCCACAGGAGAAACGCCAAAAGUUGGAGGUUCCUCAAAUAGCUACCAAUGCAAACGAUAAAGAAUCAAGUAAUGUGGUUUCUGCUUUGGGGAAACACGAACCAUCGAAAUGCUUUACUUUGUCUACUAGUGAGAGAACAUUUGACAUUGGUAAAACUACCAAUGACGUUAACAAGCGUGAUGUACGUCGACCUUUGAGAACAAACCAGCAGAAGGAAGGAUCAAGAGUAAUCUUUGGAGUCCCUAAGCCAACUGGAAAGAAGCGGAAAUUCAUGGAAGUCAGCAAACAUUUUCCUGCAAAUAAGAGCAAUAAGAGUGGUGAAGUCAACGAAUCAGUCAAAUUCACUAAAUACUUGAUGCCGCAGGGAGCAGCUUCACGAGGAUGGAAAGUUCCAUCAAGAAAUGACACUAAGGAAAAACGAACGGUUGAAUCCAUGCCUAGAGUUGUUAACACUCGUAAAGCUCACAGCACCCUUCCUCAAAGGGGAAAUUUUAGGUCAACAUUGACUCGAGAUGUUAAAAAUUCGACUGGCAAAGGGAUAGAUACAGAGGAUUCUAAUGGUCAUGAUGAUACAUCUGAAAAAUCAACAGAUCAUGGCUCCGAUACCUGUGAAGAUGCAACAGAAGCUCCGCUGUCGUCUUUGCUUUCUCAUUCUCUAAGUAGUGCAUCUAAGAAGAUCUCUUCAUCAAAUACCAAGUCUGAUAGACUAAAUAGAGGAAAACUAGUCCCUUCUGUUGGAAAGUUGAGGAAAAUAGAGGAGGACAAAGCCUACUUGGCUAAUACUGAUAAGUCUACCCUGGAUGCAUCUGAGCCUCGUAGAUCUAAUCGCAGAAUCCAGCCAUCACACAGACUUUUAGAAGGUUUCCAGAGUUCAAUGGUGAUUCCUAAGAUCGCUUCUGUUUCACAUGAAAAAAAUAAAAAGAACUUGCCAACUAGAGCAGGAAAAUAACUCUUGGCGGCGUGCUAUUUUGAGGUUCAACCCAUCUCGGGAAGCGGAGAAGUACUGAUUCAUUAUUAGUCCACAGUCUGUAUAUUUAUAGUUACUUUGUUAGGAACUAGGACCAGAAUUACUCAGUUUAGUUUUAGAUGUAAAAUCUGGUCUGUAGAUGUUUAUAUUUUGAGUGUAGGUCUUUAAAAUGUGGAUCCUACUCUCGGGUUCCUCACUCAAAGACGGUUGUACAUGAUUGCACUUGGUAUAGUUAGGCUUGAAGGUGCCUUCCUAUAGCGUUUUACUUUUGUUCAUUAGUUGCCA